CCAAUGAGUGGGAGUGAGUCAGUUAGUGGCCGAGCACCACUUACCGUUGCCUAUUUUCUCCGGAAAUUUGGCGCGACCACAUCUUUCUCUCUCUACACCUUUCUCUCUCCAAACCCCUCUCUUUCUCUCUCUAAACCCCUCUCUUUCUCUCUCUAAACCCCUCUCUUUCUCUCUCUAGACAACACCAAUGGCUGUGCUUUUGCCCCUCUCUCUCUCUAAGACUCUGUCCACGACCUCUCCACUCUUCCCAAAAAUGCAACCUUCCUCGCUUUCCCCAUUCUCUGUUGCAUACUUAAACCGAACCAUUCUCUCUCUCAUGUCUCUUUCUCUUUUCGUUCUUGAAGUUAGUGUUUCUUUGCAACCUUCACAGAGAUCUAGGGUUUGGAGUUCUCUCCCACGUUCUUGCAUCCUCUCUGCAAAUUAGGUUUUCACGAUCGCUUUUAUUUUUGGGGAUCUUGUGCAGAGAAGAGGCUUCCAAUGUCGUGUUUCAAAUAUUGGCAAGUCCGAAUUGGACUUGCUCGAGUUACUCGGACACAGCAGGCACCGGGUUCCAUUAAAAGACGUUUGGAACUGGCUGAGUCUCAUCUGUUCCGGAGCUCACUGUGUUAUUCUUUAAUAUAAUCAGCCAAAUCUGUUGAGACUCGGCUGAGACCCACUGACUCUGGGUCACUCCUUGCCAGAUCCCAUUGGACCAUAGUGUCCCGAGCAUGGGGAUGGAGUUCCCGUUGAAUCAAACAUCGAAUUGGACAAUUGAUGUUUCAGAUGUGAGGACUGUUAAGGUUAGCAAUAUCUCUUUGCGUGCUUCACAGCAGGACAUCAAGGAAUUCUUUUCCUUUUCUGGUGAUAUUCAAUAUGUGGAAAUGCAAAGGGAGUCUGAAGGAUCUCAACUUGCAUACGUCACGUUUAAGGAUUCUCAGGGCGCAGACACUGCAAUACUACUCUCGGGAGCAACAAUUGCUGACCUUUCUGUGACCAUUGCUGCCGCUGAGAAUUAUCAACUCCCUCUUGAGGCCUUACCCCCACCUUCGGCAAAUGAAAGCACACUCUCAGGCACAGCUGGUGCAGUGAUAAAGAAAGCUGAGGAUGUAGUGAGCAGCAUGCUUGCAAAGGGUUUUGUCUUAGGAAAGGAUGCAUUGAGCAAGGCCAAGGCCUUUGAUGAGAAGAUCCACCUCACCUCCAAUGUGGCCUCACUUGACCGAAAGAUUGGGCUUAGUGAGAAACUUAGCAUUGGCACUGCUGCUGUGAAUGAGAAGGUGAGGGAGAUGGAUGAGAAAUUUCAGGUGUACGAAAAGACCAAAUUAGCCCUGGCUGCAGCUGAACAGAAGGUGACUGAUGCGGGCUCUGCCAUCAUGAGCAACAGGUAUGUGUCCACGGGUGCCUCUUGGGUUACUGGUGCCUUGAACCGUGUGGCGAAGGCAGCUGAAGAUGUGAGCCUCAUGACCAAAGAGAAGGUUGGCAAGGCAGAGGAAGAGAAGAUGGACACAAUUUCCAGGCAAAGGACUGACCUUGUUGAUGAGUUUGCGCGUAUUCACCUUGCUGACUCACCGAGAGAAGCCACUCUUGCUGUUCAUUCAACAGAUGAGUUAAGGGAUGUUGAUAAGCUGGGUAUCAUAUGAUUGUGGGAUUGUAUGUACUUACUAGUUUGUUAAUAUGAUCGUGCUCUCUCUCUCUCUCAAAGAAUGAAUUCACAAUGCAACUUGAUGCAUUGGGCUACUUUUAUCUAUUUUGGGCAUUUUACUGGGACAUUGAGAUAUGGAAUUGGCCUGUCCUACAGUUUUGAAUU